CUGGCCUCAGCAACAUCCGCCACGCGCGGCGGCGCCGGCGGCUUGAGACCUGAGCCCCUGGCCCUGUUGCCGCCGAUACCUCUGUACCGGCGUCUGCUGCGGGCGCACAGGAGACAUCUCCCGCGGCAGAUGAGGUUGCUGGGCGAUGAGUAUGUCAAGGCCGAGUUCAGGGCUCACAGGGAGGUAGACAACCCAGCCCAUCUAAUUGGGUUCUUGACAGAGUGGCAGCUGUAUGCACAGAAGAUUGAGGGAGACUCGUGGGUGGGUGACAAGCUAGAUCCCGGGAAGAUCGAGAAGAUGAAUGACCAGCAGAUAGGGCAGCUGUACGAGUUGAUGCAGGCCAUCAAAAAGCAGCGGGAGGGUGGCGGUGACCCGGAGGACUCGGUAUCAUGAUGUCCUGCAGUGAACAGGAGCAGCUGAAUGCACGUCUAUCACAGGCAGGUCAAUAUGGACCAAGCACGCUCAAACAUGUGUCUUAGAACAAAAUUUGGCCCAGAGCGAGCAAGCCCACCCUGGGAUUAAAGCGGUUCCUUGUGCCUUUUGCGCUGUGCCUUUCAUUCAUGGGGCCGUUGACACCUUGUAACCACCUCCUGUCUUAGCAAGCAAGGUAAAAGUACGAUAAUUUGUUCUAUUAUCAUGUAUAAAGUUGACCUCCUCAAGGAACUUGUUCUAUC